AGUGUUCCUGGUGGUCUUUAACGAUGAUUAUGCAGUUUUGAUCUAAAACUCUGUGGUUUUGUAGGACGUCGUUAUAGUUACAAAUUCACCUGUUGAGUUUUAGGCAGGAAGUUUGUCAAAGUGUAAGCCUGCCCUCAUUUCCCAUCAUCCCUUUGGCUAUGCUCUCGUUAUCUUACACCCCGUCACACCCCCACCUAACAUUAGUGGAGCAACAAAAACGUUGAACAACAUGAGAGCUAUCCAUCCACACAGAUCUGAUCCAGAUUCCAGCUCAGACCAGGAAAACAGAGACGUUCAUGGAUCUAUUAGUCUGCAAGUGGAUGCAUCAGAAUGGGGCGGAGCUGAGAGCUUGUGGCCCCGCCCAGCGUAUCUUCAGCGUCACAGAUAAGCUACGAACUUUUUUAUUUUUUUGUCAGCUCCUGAUUUAUGAUUUUAAUAAAGAAAAACUCAGAAAUACAGUUUUAAUGUUCUUUAUAAAUGUCCUCUAUUGUCAGAAAAAUGCCACAAGAACAUGUUAAAAACACCAAAAACAACAUUUUCAUCUGAGUGGGUCCGUAUACAAACAAGGCAAAUAUGAGCUGAAAUCCAUCGAGGUUUCCGCUGGUUCAAGCCUGACUACUACAAAAGGUUAAAGUCAGAGCAGAUUGAUUCUUCCUGUCCUCCAACCACCAAGAUGCAAGACUGCAGAAUUCUUUACCUGCUUCUGCUGCUCUCUGUUGCAGAGAACCUUCCACUGGUUGGGGCUUCAGAGAGCGGCAUCGUAGGCGGCAGGGUUGCAAAGCCGCACUCCCGACCGUACAUGGCGUCCCUGCAGAUUCACGGACACCAUAUCUGCGGCGGGAUCCUCAUCCGGGACGACUAUGUUCUGACUGCAGCUCAUUGCAAAAAGGAUAGUCAACCUUUGACGGUGGUCCUGGGAGCGCACGACCUCUCCAAAAAAGAGAAGUCUCAGCAACGUUUGACAGUAAAGAAUUACAGAAAACAUGACAAUUUUACGGGCGGACAAGAAAAUGACGUCAUGCUGCUCAAGCUGAAAACCAAAGCCCAACUCAACAAAUAUGUGGAAACCAUCAACCUGCCGAAGAAAAACAAGGAAACGCUGGCCAACAUCAGGUGUGAGGUUGCUGGUUGGGGCCACACUGGCGUGGAUAAACGGAUAUCAAAUGUUCUGAAGGAAGCCAGCGAGGAAACGCAGUUCAAAGGAGAGUGCAAAUACAUUUGGAGAGAAUAUUUUAAUCCUACGCAAAUGAUUUGCACCAAGUUUACCAAGAAGUCGGGAGGAAUAUGCCAGGGGGAUUCUGGUGGACCACUGAUCUGCAACAACAAACUUCUGGGUCUGACUGCUUUCACCCAAGAAGAAAACUGCCAUAAUCCAAAGUUUCCACACGUCUUCAUGAAGAUUAGCUCAUUUCUCCCCUGGAUCCAGACAGUUAUGAAGGAAUAAAGAGAUGCAGAGUGACGUUUCUGUACGAGACUUACGUCCAAAGUGUAACAAAAACAAUGAAAUGUGCCAAAAAAUUUUUGUAUUCUUAGUUUCCACAGUUUGUCUGUUUUAACACAAAAGUUCUUAAGAAAGCAACAAGUAAAAUAUGAGAUUAAAAUCCAUUGUAAAUGC